GGUGGCAAUGUGGUGCAUCAGAAUGCUGAUAUGUUUUUUUUUUCUCCUCUCUCUUUCUCUCUGUGGCCACAUCACAUCCGUGAUCCUGAACAGCAACAAAGAGGUGGAGGUUGUCUUAUAAAACUUUUUCACAGAAAGUCUUCAGAUGUCCUCAGGUGCACCAAAGGGAGAGAACUGCCUUGUGGACAUGGACAGCAAGGCUGGAGAUCUGUUUGGUGCAGAGGAUGCUCAUCCGACUGGAAUGGGGGGUAACGGCGCUACUGGAGUCCUGGCGAAGUUGUGGCUUCCCAAAGGCCUCUCAGUCAGCAUGGCUAAAGAAUGGUUUGACCGCCGCAGGAUGUCCAUUCGCCCGUGGGCCAGUUUUGUUGACCAACGGAAGUUCUCAAAACCUCGGAACUUUGGAGAGCUCUGCCAGAGGGUGGUGAAAAACGUGGAGGUUUACAACAGCAACUACACCUUCAUCUUUCUGGGUCUCAUCCUCUACUGCAUCAUCAGCUCACCGAUGCUGCUGAUUGCCUUGGCUGUGUUUGGUGGUGCCUUCUACAUUAUCCACCUCAAGUCUCUGGAGUCCAAGCUGGUUAUCCUUGGUAAAGAGCUCACCGUCCCUCACCAGAUGGGUUUAGCUGGAGCCGUCUCUCUGCCCGUGUUCUGGUUGGCAGGAGCUGGAGCUGCUGUUUUCUGGGUUUUUGGAGCUACGCUGUUUGUGAUUGGCUCCCAUGCCGCCUUCCGGCAGCUGGAGGGAACAGACUUAGAUGAACUCCUCAUGGAGUCCGUGUGACGACCCGGCUGAACUUGAAGCAGGGUUGGGCUUUUUGACCCAGUGAUUGCACCAGCCUUCAGGUGUUUGGGGGAAAAACUGCUCUGGAACCUGUUUCCAAGCUAUAUGUGUAUCUUAUAUUCCAGGUAUUUAACAUGGCAUUUAUCAACGCACCUUACAUUGCGUCAAAGAACUGUUGUUACACUCUUUCAUGUACAUAGAUGGUCAUAUGCACAAGUCAUGAAUUUUUCAAUAAUCAAUUAAAGCACAUUGUGAGAUUAUGGGCCUUGAUCUGCAUAUUUCUAAUCUCUUAUGCCUCUGGUUUGUGUCAAAAGCCUCUUGCUCUUUACUGAUAUACUCGCCAUCUAUAAAUAGAGCUUCCACAAUAAACUCUCUGCUGUAGAAACAGAUUCUGUGCAUAUUUCAUAUUUAUAAAUAGCUAUGAGUAAUUUCCAAAGGUUAAGUGCCAUAUAAAGCUUUAAAAUACUUGUUGUUAUUGAAUGAAAUGCUAAUUUGAGAAAAGCUUCUGGAUUAUUUACAAGGUACUGAAGGCUUGCUGUGUUGAGAGUUUCACUGUUCUCAUGGUGUGCAUAUUUAAUCAGUCUGCUUUGAACGUUCAGCUAAUGAAAACAUGCUUCAGAAAUAUGCUAUUUGUUUACAUUUGAUAGAAAUGGUGUGUUUUUGUAUUGGAAUAUUUGGAAGUGCAAUAAAUCCUCCUCACUGAUUCGUCCUAAAACAG